AUGGAGAAGGAAUCGAAGGAGCAGAGAGCUCCUCCGGAGCGCGAUUUCCCCUUGCAGUGGGGAAGCUGUAAGCGCCUCCGCUGCGUCAAGGUCAGAGAGGGAGGCUCCCCGGCUAGAUCCGAUGUGCGGAGGAGGGCUACGUCCCGGAUCAACCGACGCAUCGUCGCCGGAGGCGACAAGGACUUCCCCACCCCGCGGUUUCGGCACCCUGCUCAACUCCUCUACAGGAGGUUCGAAUCCGUGGGCAGCGAGAACCAGAAAUCGAGAUCGGUGACAUCGUCGCCGGAGAAGGAGGAUCGCUGCUACGCGACGAGGGGGUCGCUGAUGCCGCACGGAUGCGAAGGGGAAAACGGGGCGGGCGGCGGAGGUGUUGCGGAUGAGAGAGGCGGCGCCGUGGCGCUGCCCAGGUUCUUUAUAUCCCUCUCCAACAAGGAGAAGGAAGAAGAUUUCAUGGCCAUGAAAGGGUGCAAGCUGCCACAGAGACCCAAGAAGCGCUCCAAGUACAUCCAAAAAUGCAUACUCUUAGUGAGUCCAGGAACAUGGCUGCCGGAUCUUUCUCAGGAGAGAUACGAGGUGAGGGAGAAGAAAGGCUUACGAAAGAGAAAAAGAGGAUUGAAGGCUAUGAGUUUAGAGAGUGAUUCGGAAUGAAUCAAAGAGGUCGAGAUGUUCCUUUCUCAUUUGUUGUUGUUGUUGUUGUUGUUCUUCUUCUUGGCUGAUUUGGUAAAUAAGAAUUGCUCAGUUAAGUAUUGAAUAUGUGCCCUUCAUCCACUUGGUUUGUAAUGGAAAGAUUUGAGUUUUGGGCAAGCAUGUACUUUGGCUUUAGUUUCUGGUUUGUAGAUGGAGAGUUUUUUUUGUAUCAGCUACUAUUUAAACAAGCACUUUAGGCUUUCA